UGCUACAUCAAGAAGCCAAAUGAUUUUCCACAAUUUCAUAAUCAAAACUUUGAGAUCAUAGAAAGCCUUGAGGAACAGUUCAAACUACCUUGAGGUCAAAUCAAAUUUUCAGUUAAUACAUUAUUCCUGAAAUCAAUUCAAAAAAUGUCCCGUCUUUUGCUACAAUGCCGAAGCACUUUGCUGAUCCUUCGCCAUCAGGCGGCGGCAGUGGAAAAUGAGAACGGACUCUUUAGUAAGCUCAUGGAAAAGUGUCAAUCCUUCCGAAAGGAGCCCAAGGAUGUGGCCGAGGAAGAGGAAUCAAAGAGGUCAUAGGCCUUCACAGGCUAUAGCCAGAAGUCACCCCUUCCCUAAGAAGAUCAUAUAAUGGCCAACAAAUUACCAUAUUGUUGCCGGGAGGCUCAACAUGAAUCGGGUCCAUUUUACGGGCAGAUCAUAAAACAGAACGUGCACAGACAUUAUAAAGCCAUAAAGCAUCAACUAAAAUCUGGCAAAAAUAGCUUUGGAAGAACAGGCAAUGCCCAGACUUGGACAAGUGAUAUAACAUCAUUUCCAUGGACCGUUUACGAUGUCUGCCAGACGGAGGGAGAAUUUAAAGUGAAGAAAGGCAAGAUUGACCAGGGGAAACGUAUCAAAAUUUUAAGCGAAACCAAUUGUUAGAUAAAAGCGAUCGUUUUUGAAUGAA